AUGAAUCUGUUGCCCCGGCCGGUAACCCAAUCCCAGCAGACCAAGAGGCAAGGCAGUGUGUCAUCGUUGCAAGCGACCGCCAAACGUUCCCCGCUGCGCUACCAGAACCAACCAGACCCGCUCGCACCCCCAGUGCCGAUGAACCAGUGGUAUGCCCCCGCGGCACCGCAACAAAAACGCCCGUUUAAAACCCCGACGCCGCUGAACUACGACAUCCCCCUGCUGCCCACCGCCCACUCCAACAACUCCCAGGAACUGACCCCCAACCACGACGACCACGCCACCCCGGACACCGCCGUCCCCCAAACGCAAAUACCUCAGCCGCCACGCGCCAUGAGCGACGAGGAGCAACAGCUUGCCACCAAGCUUAAGGAGACGUACAAGAACAUCGUCAACCACGAAGAGAUCGUCCAGAAGCAUUGCAUCGAGAUCACGAUCAAAAUCAACCACCUCAACCAUGCCGACGCCGCCCAGCCACCGCUGCUGACACGCACCCUGGAGUUGCUGAAUGACUUAUGGACGAUAUACCACCACAACAUCACUUUACUCGUCAACUACCACGAUUUCUUGGUUACCGCCCUCAAACCGCUGGUGAACCUAAACCAGUUCCGAACGGGGAAAAACAUUGUCGAAUUAUACAAGAUCCCCCGGCGAAUGUGGGUGUAUGGGGUGGUGGGGUUUUUAGAGGUAUUGAAAAACAUCAUGGCCAUCUUCUCCGACCACGAGAUCUGCCUGUGCUUCAUCGCCUACUGCUUUCUGAUCAUCCUGAACUUGACCGACCCCGCGCUCGAGAUGGAAGGAUGGUGGCUGGAAAAGCUCGGUGACUUGAGCCGCAUGGCCAUUGCCCUCUACGCCUCCAAGUUCAUCGACUGGAAGAUCUCCGCCGAGUACUGGUACUCAGUGAGCAUGAAAACCCUCUAUGGCCACGGCAAAAUAUACUACCACAUGUGCACCGUCCAGCAGGACAACUUGGACGCGUUGGUCAACAUCGGCAAGCUGGUUAUCUGCCGCGACCCCUUCGUCCCCACCACCCACUACUUGCGCCUCGUCGUGGAAAACAUCUGCACCCAGCGCAACAUCUUGUCGUUGCUUGAGCUCCCCAUCAUCGACUUCAUCAAGAUCCACAAGGUGUUGCUCCAAAUCCACGGCAACCGCGACCCCCAGCUGGCCCAGCUGGGCGACAUCCACGACUCCCAGAUUCAAUACGGCAUCGACUUAGUCACUCGCUAUGGGCUCACGUUUGGUAGUGAUACUAAUGGCUACAAUUUCUUUACUCGAGAGUUGUUCCUGGCCGCCAACCAGGCGCCUCAGGGACAACACGAUAUGGCCUAUCAACCGGUAUCGUUCGGGAACUCCGGCUAUAGCUCGGGCUACGGCAUGCUGCAAGCCGGCGGAAUAAGCCAGCAGCAACCACUGGGAUCAAUUGAACGCAUGAGCUUCUGGGCUAAUAAAGGCCCGCUGUUUGCCAUCGCCAACAUCAACCACUUAGUUGGCUUUGGCGACGCCAAAAACCCCUUCGCCAAGAUCUUCUUGCUUCCAGAAGCGUUGAAAGAACGCCGCGAUAAAAAGGACCGCAAACGCAAGCUGAGGCUGGGCAGUCUGAACCCGCUGAGCGGCAACGGCAUUCUCGGCGCCGACGCCACCAUCGACGGCCAGCUCGUGUGUGCCAGUGAACUCUCCCCCCUCGACUGGUUCUGCUGUCUUCAAUUCAUCAAUCGCAGCGUGCUUGAGCUUCUGAUCCGCAUCCUCAACCACUACCUUGUCGGCCCCAAACAGGCGCUGAACGGCCACGUGAUCGUGUGGCUCUACUUCCUCAUUGGCGUGGGCAACGCCGUCAAACAGUACCCGCUGGCCCGCACCAUGUUCGGAUGGCUUUUCAACAAGUUGUUCCCCUGGGAGCUGUUGAUCACCUACUUGAACCUGUUGUUGGGCUAUGUCAAGAGCAAACCGCAAUUGCUGGCCAAAGUGGCGCGGGCGCUCGCCCGCGACGACGUGUUGGGCUACUACAACAGCCAUGAGUUCCUCCCCGAAGUGUGGAAGUGCUGGGGUACCCUCUGGUUCGACCAAGUCCAAGGAGAAAAAGGUGACUACUGUGACUUGGAAGAAGCCGGGGUGGUGAAACCAACGAUGUUUGACGUCCCCGUCAGCGGUAGUUUCGGUGGUGACCUUGGAUCCGACCCCCGUAAACGUCAGGCGAUGGAAGAAGAAGCCGACGUCCGCAUUGUCCGUGUACUCGUGCUUGCUCGUGCUAUCGCCGACGACUUCCCUCUUUACGGGCUUGUCCGCACCACCACCCAUUUCGCCUACGACCUGGCUGUGUACAACACCACCGAUUCAGUGUUGGUGCAGCUGCUAAGCCAGGGCGACCCCAUGGCGUACAUGGAAGAGUUUUUGCUUGGAGACGGCCGCUUUGUCCAAAACAACUUGAUCCACGCCAUUCUGGCACAUAACCUCGUCCAGGCCCCCACCGAGCUGGUGGAAGCGAAAGACCGCGCCUGGUUCGGCACCCCGACCCCGCUGCACGACGGUGAAGAGAUUGUCGAAGUCGACGAGCUCGACGGCUUUGGCGACCUGGAGUUCGACGACGAUACUAAUGAUGUCGACUUGGAACAAGGGUACCGUUUCUCCUACCGCGUGGGUGAAGGCAUCGCCCCGCCACCGAUGGGCGGCGCUGCUGCCUACGAGCUGUUUGACAACAUCGAAGGUAACCUAGGUGACCGCAUGGACCUGGCGAUCACCUACAUCACCCUCGACACCAAUAUCUGGUUGAAGCACUGCGGACGUAUCUUCAAGUGUGUGCGCAAUGGCGUAAUCAAAGUGCUGAUCCCACUUAUCGUGUUCCAAGAGUUGCGGGCUUUACGUAAGCUGGCGGAGGCGACGAUCGCCGAUGCCGCCACCCGGCUGGUGAUCAUUAUCCGCGAGCUCUACCUCACCCGCGAGAUCUUACCCCUCCGCUUCGACGGCACCGUGGCGCUGGACAUCAACGAGACCACCGAGUUUGAAAACAACCUGAACUGGCGGUCGCUGGUGGACGAGACCAUCUUGAACUCGGUCAACGAGCACGACGAGAUCGGCAAGAAGUUGAUGAAGGGCCACAACAUGGCGCUUGUGGCCCGCGACGGGCAGCCGCAGGUGGUGCUCACGGCGAAGACGGCCAAGGUAUUCCGGUACUGUAUACUCAUCACCGACGACCGCAACAUGCGGUUGCGGGCGAAGACGAUCGGCCUCACCAGCUUCCAGCUGAAGUGGUUGUUUACCCAGUUGGAAACGGUGUUCCCCAAUAAGUGUAUCGACUGA